AUGCACUGCGAUCUGAUCGAUAACGGUGGACACGAAGACCGCUGGUGGCAGUCAGCUCUCGAGAGGCACUUGAUCUCGGAUCGCCUCCUCCACCCCGUUCAUGCCAAGCAGGCCCUGUUGAAGGACGGUAAGCGUGGCGCGGAAGUCGAUAAGUUGGACGAGUUGGCCUCGGGAGUUCGAAAUCUGACGGUCGCAGCUCUAGAGGCCGACCCAUUCCACCCUGGUCGCGACGCUUUUACCGUCGAGGAGCAGUCGGCGGUCACGCCCGAGGAGAUCGGGGAGAUGGCAACGACGGUGCGGAGGGACAUCAGGAACUUCUACGACUGGAAGAACAGCAUCCUUCACCCGCGCGGACUAGCAGACGACCUGGCCGCCGAAGUCCUGGCCGUCAGCGUCGGCAUGCACGACUUUGCGGUUGUCCAAGAGAGGGUAGAUAGUGAAGACGGAGACAGCGAGUACAAAGACGGCAAGGCCGUUAUUCUCAAGGACGAGUGCGAGUCUAACAUCGCAGAUGAGGAAAACCUGGAAUGGGUAGUGGAUUACCUCCUGAAGCUCAUCAAGAUUUCGCGGGAAGGUCUCAAGAGGAUAGCCGACAGCGCAGGGACUCCGAGGACCGACGCGGGCGUGGACGCCAGUAGGAUCAGUGCGGAGGCCAGCUCGGACGCCAGAGCGGAGACCAGUGUGGAGGGAUAUAACAUCACCUUUGGGUCGUACCUGAGUGAGGUGAACACGAGGGAGAAUGUCAGCAGGACCAGCGCAGCGGUCGAGACUGAUGCCGAGGCGGCUGACAUCCCCGAGGACACCGGGGAGGGAAUCAGCGCCGAGACCAGCGCCGAGACCAACGCGGAGACUAGCCCGGACCCGGUGGUGGGGCAAGAAGUCGGGGAGAAGGGUGCAGCUCCCGGUGGUUUGCAGAUCUCUCGAUGCCGGGCGACUUUGAAGCCGUGGCUAGCGACCGAAUUUUUUCUCGGUUGUACCAUCUGGAGAGAGUGGACAACCGUGGCCGACCGGAGCGAUUGGGUCAAGAUCAGCUGGAUCAUUCGGGACGGCUAUAUUAUUCUGAGAGACAUCGACAAACCUCGUAGCCGGCGGAGGACUCGUCGCCGUUCGAGACACAACAACAGGCGUCUCCGGGAGAAACGGCGUCGCCGGGCGUUGCGCCACAAGAGGACAGAUGGGCGUGGACGCGUGGUUAGACAUGACCGGCGACGCGUGUUGUUGCGCGGGGGGGCGACUGUAGACGAGCAACAGCAAGAAGUCCGCAGGAGCAUCAGGAACUGUCGAAGAAAAAUCAUGGAUCUCGUGUCAAUCAACCAAGGCGCUUCCUCUCAGAUCAACAAUGCCGAUAUCUCUGCUACUAUCCACCAAACCAAUGGGUACCCAGUGGAGGAGAUCAAGCUGCAAAUUCAGAGACAGUACAAGAUUGCAAGGAUGAUACGGGAACGGGAGGCGCAGCUUUCGGUGGAGGCUCGGGCUGCGACAACUCGUGAUCUCCUACGGGCGGGAAACGACGGCGACGGCGAACACGAGGAAGUGUGCACGGAGUGUGGGCAAAAUUUUGAUGACGACGACGACAUGAUGAGAUGUUCUGGAUGCGAGGGGUGCUGGCACCGGGAUUGCGUGGAUGACCCGGCCUGUGACGACGGUGAAACGGUCGAAAUUCAAUCGAUGGACACAACACACAACCUCCUUGCUUUUUUUUGCUUCUCUGAUGUGCGCAGUGGUUGUGCUCAAAAUGCUUUGUCCCCGGGGAGGACUCGGGAGGCGACGACGGGGGUGGUAGCGGAGACGAACACAGUGGCACACAGUGGCGGUGGUGGGGAUGACAGCGAAGACGAGGCCAGUGAUAGUGGGAGCAGCAAAUCAGCGAAAUCGCGGGCAAGUAGGUCCCCGUACAUCGACCUCGUCCAAGCCAAAGAGAAGGAGGAUCGCGAGGUCAUCAAGGCGAACAUAGAUGCCCAGCGUGAGCUCGCCAAAAAGAAAAAAGAGGAUCAACCGAUCUCGGAUACCCGGUACCUCACGAGGAACGACGUCACCGAAGCCGUCAGACAGAUGAAGGCAGCGAUAGAAAUUGAUGGUGCCAUCCUUCGGAAGAUGGAGAAGGAGGACCCACGACUGUACGGCAUCACGGUGGACCCGGUGAGCGGCACACAGGUUGAGCUCGACAGCAGGAAGGGGAGAGUCGUGGCAGGCAAGGGAACUAACAAAACGCUCAACACCCGCCAACUUCUCGAGAGUGCCGUGGGCGAGGGAAUCGGCCGGUGGGAAGAUGAGGUGAAGCGGAUGGAGAAGGCUUUCUGCAGUAUUUUUGCCCUCGUCCACGUCCCCGUCUACAAGUUCGCCAUCAACGACGAUGAAGUGAAGCGAAAAGUCAAUCCGGUCAAGUUGGAAGGGAAAGAGAAAACGGAAGCUUUCAAGCUUCGCCGGUUUGCGUGGGAUCAGAUUAAGAGUGCUAGAGCUUCAGAAGUGAUCAACGCCCAUGAACUCUGCUUGCUCGCCUCGGACGAAGAGCUGCAGCGGGAGCUUCGGCAAGAUAACAGUCUUGUACAAGUUCUCAACAUCAACCUCGACACGUACCCCGGCUUGAUGCUCCUGAAGGAUGAGCAUGAGCAUCAAAUGGACUACGCGCCCCAGCACUACAGCACCAUAGACCACUACAUCAAAGGAGCUCAGGCUGCGUAUAAGCUAGGUCGAGUCAUGAGCCUGGAGUCGUGCAUGGCUCCGUUGUUCAUAGGUGGCGACCGCGAAGAGCUUCCCCCGGGAGUCAAUCUUGCGCACGAGGAGCAGAGGAGGAUUUCGCUGCACAUCAUGAAGUUAGAGGUCAAUGUCGCGAGGUACGGGUUGGCCACGCGAGCUCUUGUGGCGAGAGCUCGGGUUUCCAACGAACUGUGUCAAUGGUAUGCGUAUGCUCCAUUGUACAGAACGAUGCUGUUUAGCCGCCCCGGGAGAGACAAGAAGCCGAUCAAGCCGACUACGGAGAGCACGAGCAGGGUCAGCCCCACACGAAAGCAUUUCGUAGCUUUUCAAAAAGCAAUGGACUUGAGCAUAACUAGAAGACAGGAUCGAGAGGUUAUCGACCUUUGGUACUCAGAGUACGAGGGCGUAGCCAAAGAGAAGAAAAGGUUGGCUGUGAUUUGGGACAACAGGCGGGUGCGAAUGGGUAUUGGCCCAAAGGUAAAAGGUGGGCGGACGCACAAAUCGGGGAACAAUGAAGUUGUAUUUUUUUUGCGAAAGAUGCUGAAAAAGCAUGGUGUAGAUCCUGUCAUGGACUUAGUGAGUGACGAGGACAAGGAGGUGUGUUACCGGGUGCUGGAAGCGGACCCGGAUGCAAUCGGGGAGCACACGGACGAAGCACAGCUCUACCCGGCGGCCGAGCGGGCUUAA